AUGCCAAAGCCUAUUGAGGCUACUCAAACACCACCAACUGCAGCAUCCACCAUUGAAGCAAAACUUUCAAGCCAAUCAACAAAUAAGAUUCUUGAUGAACUUUAUCGUGGAUUGAAUAUAUUCUAUGAUGAAGGUGCAAAUGGACAAUAUGUACCUAGAACAAUAAUGGCAGAUUUAGAUCAUUCAUCACUUGAUUCAAUAAUGUCUAAUCAAGAAAUUGGUAAAUGGUUUAGACCAGAUUAUUCAUUAGGUAGUACAGGUAGUAGUGGUAAUAAUUGGGCUAAAGGUUAUUAUACAGAAGGACCUGAAUUGGCAGAAUUAGUUAUGGAUGUUGUUAGAAAAUCAGCAGAAAGUUGUGAUUGUAUUCAAGGAUUUCAAAUAUUUCAUUCAAUUGGAGGUGGAUGUGGUUCAGGAAUGGGAUGUUUCAUAACAAAUAGACUUCAAGAUGAAUAUGGUGGUGCAAUGAUUAUGACAAAUUCUGUAUUUCCAUCUACAAAAACUGUUGAUAGUGUUCUUGCACCUUAUAACUCUGUUUUAACUUUACAUCACUUGAUUGAAAAUGUUCAAAUGGUUAAUUGUUUUGAUAAUCAUGCUCUUAAUCAAAUUAGUCAAAAAUUAUUUAGAAUUGAAUCACCUGAAAUGGUUGAUUUGAAUGAAAUUGUUGCACAAUCUGUUACAGGUAUUACAAGUUCAUUUAGAUUUUCAGGUAUUAUAAAUUCAGAUUUACGUAAAAUGGCAACCAAUUUAGUUCCAUUUCCAAGAGCUCACUUUUUCAUGAAUUCAUUAUCACCAUUAGGAAGUUCAUUUGAUAAUUCAGAUCUUAAAGUUGAACAAAUUACAAGUCAAUUAUUUAAUCCAAAUCAUUUCCUAGUUGAUGCCAAUCCAAAGAAUGGUAAAUAUUUAACAGCAAGUGUUAUAUUUAGAGGAGAUGUUAGUUCAUCAUCAGCAGAAGAACAAGUUAAUGGUAUUCUUCAAAGAGAUUCUUCUUACUUUUACAAAUCAAUUCCAAAUAAUUUACAAACUUCUAUAUGUAAAGUUGCACCACCUGGUAUUAAGAGAACAGGAACUUUAAUUGCUAAUUCUACUUCUAUUUUAACUAUAUUUAGACAAUUAUCAUCUUCAUUCUCAAUGUUAUUUAAGAGAAAGGCUUUUAUGAAAUCAUUUGAAAUUGAAGGAAUGGAUGAAUUGGAAUUUUCAGAAGCAAUUUCAAAUCUUAAUGAUUUAAUAGCUGAAUAUGAAUUACAAGAAUAUGAACAAGAUAAUCAUAUUAAUGUUGAUGAUGAAGAAUUGGGAGGAGGAGAAUCUGAACAUGUUGAAUAA